AUGACUUCUGUCUUGGGCUCCAGAGCAAACAGGUAUCUAUCAUUGUCUGCGAGUGGGUACCGCCUUGCAUUAGAGGAACAUCUUCAUGGUCAUGGCCUUGAAGCUACUAGCAGUCGGCCAAAUGGCGAACGUCCAAGUUGGAAGUUGAUUUGGAAGUGUCCGGUGCCUCCGAAGGUCCAGAACCUGGUUUGGAAAAUUGGUCGCAAUGCCCUCGCCACACAAGUGAAUAAGCACAGGCGAGGAAUUAAAACUCCCCCGCUGUGUCUCAUCUGUGGACAGGAAAACGAAGAUACUUUCCAUGCGUUUGUCCGCUGCCCGCCUGCCAGGGACCUUUGGAAUGCCAUGCGAGAAACGUGGGACAUCCCGGCGGAUACUGAGCUAAAGAAUACGGGUACGGAGUGGCUGUUACAUCUUAUUCAUGGCCUGUCGGAGGAACAGCGAGCAAGAACCUUCAUGCUGCUUUGGCGGAUCUGGUAUGUGCACAACGAGAUCACCCACGACAAGCCUCUGCCAUCUGUGGAGGGAUCGAGACGUUUCCUGCUAAGCUACUUGGAAUCGCUCAUGCUGAUUAAGCAAUGGCCGGACAAAGAUGUGGAGAAGGGGAAGAUGAUCGUAUCCCAUGACAAGGGGUUCAAACGAGCCCAUGAUCCAAGCGUGGGAAGGGAGAAGGAAAAGAAGAAGUGGGUCCCUCCCAAACCGGGCGUGCUCAAAGUUAAUGUGGAUGGGUCCUGGGCGCCUAGUGGAGCAGCUGGGGCUGGGAUGGUAAUCAGGAAUAGCGAAGGCGAUGUCGUACUGGCCGCUUGCCGUCAGCUGGUUGGCUGUCAGGACGCUACAGAAGCGGAGAUCACGGCGCUAGAAGAUGGCCUGAAGCUGGCGCUACUAUGGACACACCUGCCUCUUAUUAUUGAGACAGAUUGCAUGGUGGCGCUGGACCUUAUCAAGGGCGGGUCUCCAAAUCUGUCUGUCUACGCUUUCCAGAUAUCCAGAAUUCGAGAUUUACUAAGGGAAAGAGAGUGCAAUUGCACGAAAGUGGACCGGACGGCAAAUUUUGUUAGUCACGGUCUGGCGCAACUUGGAAGAGUUCAAGCUAGAACGCAAGUAUGGUUCUCACAGUUUCCUUCUGAGAUUGCUGAGGCCCUGGACGUUGAUUGUAACUCUAUGAAUGUGUAA